UUUUAAAAUCAAACAAGCCUUCUAUUUGCUUUUUUUACUGCGCCAUCUCUGCUCUCAAGCCUUCAACGCUGUUGCGUGCUGCACUGCUACCAACCAUCCAAAACACACACAAUAAAAAUAAAAAGGCAAAUAGAAAAAAUGCCCGCCAUUUGAAAAUUUUCCAUAUUCAAAGGAAAGCAACAAAAGAAAAAGUGAAGAAAAACCCGUCGUCGCCGUUAAACGUUGAAUUAGAGAAACACCACGGCAGCAUACCAAAACGUGCAUGCGAGUUUUUAUAGCAAGAAGCAAGACCAACUUCAGUUUCACUACAAGCAAUAGCUAACAAAUUGUUCGAAAAAGUAUCUCAUCAUCGUUGCAAAUCAGAAAUCUAUUCAGAUUCAGCCUCAGCGACACCAGAAUCAAAAGCAAAUAGUGAAAUCUAUAAAAAUCUUUGGUGUUUGCCAGCGACAGUGUGUGAGCGCGAAAAAAAGAUAGAAAUAAUAAAACAGAAACGAUUCGUAUUCGUACUUCGUCUCUAAAACGAGAGUUUGUCAAGUGAUUUUGAUUUUUGUAAUUGAAAUUUCGAAAAAGAACACAAAUUUGCAGGUACUUGUAUUUGCAGCGCGCAAUUUCAUAUCUAAUUGAAUAACAAUCUGCACUCGAAACGAAAUAUCCAAACAAAGUUGUGUGAAAAUGUCGGACACUGGAAGCAGCAAUUGUGAUAAUAAACCACAACAAGAAGACGUAAACCUUGAGGAGUCACAAGCACAAGCCGAGGCUGCGGCGGUACCAGAAGCUGAAGUUGAAAAUAAACCAGUUACACCCGUAAAACGAACUCCAUCUAAACGGUUGUCAGCUGUUGAACGUGCUCAACGUGAAAGUGAAGAGCUUGUUAAAACACUUGGCGGUAGUUUGGAUAUUGAGGGAGGGCGUAAGACACGUUCUAGUACAAGAGGUACACCAUCAAGAUCAAAUGUAGUUCAUACUCCACCACCAACAAAAAGAUCACGAGCCACAACAGGAACACCAAAACGUGGUCGAGGCAGGAAACUAGAAACUGCAAUCGAAGAUAAUUUAAAAACAAGCCCUGAAAAAGUUGCAUCAGAGCCAGAAUCCAAUCACGAUGAAAGUGAAAGUCCUGCUGUGGUGGAUGCCAUUGCAAAAACACAGGACAAAAUCGAGGACGAUGAUAAGCCAGAGACAACUGAAAAUCCAUCAGAAGUUGCGGAAGAAAAACCAUCCCCAGCGAAUGAACUUGAUAAACCUGAAGCAAUGGAAGUUGAUGGCGUUAGCAAAGAAACAGCAAUAGAAUCAGAUAAAAUUGAUGAAAAUGCCCAAAAUGAAAGCGAAUCAUCUAUAAAACCAAAUGACGAGGAUUUAGAGAAAUCUGCUGAAAAGGUUGUUACAGAGGAAAUCCUUGAGAGUUCUUCAAAAGUUUCUGAGGAUGUAGUUGGUCCACCGUCAACAACAACAACUACAACAACAGAUGCCGAACAGAACGCUCCUUUAGGUAAUGAAAAUGUUGAAACUGCACAUGAAAACAAUGCGAAAGCAAACGACAUAGAGAAGGUUAAUUCAAACGCGCUUCCGGCUGAAGUGUCUCUAUCAACACCAGCACCAACCCUAACAGCAACUCCAACUGCAACACCAACACCAACUCCAGCUACACAAGUGUCAGUAGCGGGAAAUGAACAUAAAGCUGAAAGCAAUGAUUUGUGUGAACCAAAACUUGCAUCACCGCCAAUAACAGCCAACAAUGAUGGAGCGACGCCGCAAUAUUGUAAUUAAAAUCAUUUUAUAACUAAUUUUUCGUUUAUGUAUUUUUUUUUUAAAUAUACAUGCAGUGACUUCUUUUUUAUAUAAAUGCGUACAUAAUAUAAGAUAACAAUUAUAUUAUUUUCAAAAAUAAAGAGACAAAAUUUUUAAUACAAAUAAGCAUAAUUAAAAAUAAGCAAUAUCUGGUGAACAAAAAUCAAAAAGGUAUGAAAUGUUUUUAAAAUAGUUCUUUUUGAUUGGUAAUUAAGUUUAGUAAUGAAAUAACUUGUAAAAUAUAAACAAACAAAAAAUCAGACCGCAACACCACCACCUUCGAUUUUCUUUUUCUCUGUCAUUCAAUAUAAACUUAAUGUUUGCAAUUAGAAUCUGGAUUAAUCACAUAAAACCUGCAUUUUCUUUUUUUUGUUUAAAGCUAAAAACUAAUAUUGUAACUAAAAAUAAAAAAACAAAACCAAUAUAAAAUACAAAACAAACAAACAAACAAAGCAACAAUCUUACCAAUAACAUUUUUGUUUUAAAUUCUUAGAAAAAGCUACUAUUGUAGUUCAUAAGUUGUAAACAAUACGGAAAAACAUAUCUCUCCUGUGAGAACGAUGAAUAAAUAAAAAAAAGUUAUAAUAAAAUCCGAUGCUAUUUUUGGCUUUAAAAAAGUUAUUAACAAGCUUAAUUGUGACUUGGUUGAUGCAACAUACUGUUAGAAGAAAUUAAAUCAAUAAAUCAACACACGUUACUUCGUUUCGGGAAUAAUUAUCAACAAAAAUAUUCAAUUUAUUUUUCUUCCGCAAAUGCUUUUUUUUUAGAACAGUUACACUUUUCCUUAAACAUAAACAAAAACAAUGAUUUAUUUAGAGAAACAAAAAGAAAUCAAAAAUACAAAAAUUGUUACUUAAAGAAAAUCCUCUAACCCCGCCCAUUUUCAUUAAACAAUAGAUUUAAUAAAAACAAUUACAGUUAAUAUAGUGGAUUCUUUUAAUUAUUGAAUUGAAAGACGACACAAAAAGAAAGCACAAAUAUAUUUCAUAGAACAACUUUCAAAAUUUAAAUCAAAUUCAUAUAUUGUAAUCAAAUAAAAACUUGUUAAAAGAAUGAUGAAAUAAAAUCAAUAAAUAAAACAAAAAUACAAAAAAGAAGAA